UUUCAAAGACGUAGAACGCGGGAGACACAGGAUCAGCACACAACGCGUAGCGGAACCGCAGGGACUCCGUGAACGUCUAUCCUUACCCCGCGGAAGCCUGCCUGGGAGGGAACGAACAAGGAUUCUUACACGGCUAAACCAUCUUUGUUCCCGCAAUGCAACCCUCAGAUUGACGGCCUCCAUUGCGUACGGUUACAUCACCUUAUGUACUCUGGCUCCUGGGUGUUGUUUUCGGGUACACACCACCUCGCGAUCCCCCGAUUUUCGCGCCAAGAUCGCGGUUAUGACACCGGGAUCUUACCGGAGCGUACCAGAUACUCGGAGACACUGAUCAUUCGUUCGUACCAUAUCCCCGUUUCAUCUUCAUUGUCGACCACCUCUCUGUAGGAUGGUUUAGUCUCUUAUAUUCCUCCAACGGGCCGCUUCUCUGUCCUCGUGCGCGUUGCUAACCAUGGUACCGGCUGCCCACCAAAGAUCUCCUUCCACCUCGCCCAACACCUUGUGAUCCGUCCUGUGUGAGAAGGCGGUUGCAGAUUUCCCAUUAUACGAGUCACUCGGUUAUAUAUCGGCGUUGGCUCCUGGGCGUUUUCUCAUCCUUAGUCCCUUACUUACUUAUAGG